AAGCAUUUGUCCUCGCCCGACAAGUUGGUCUUGUCUUCCUCAUGUUUUGACUCGGGAGUUUAUUUUCUAUUCUCUCGUCCGAACUCUUACACACAACGGUAUGCGGGUGAGCUACUGACAGGAACACACCCGUUUCUCAUAUUAUUAGCAGCUUCCUCUCCCGCUCGCCCUGUCAGACAGAAACGCUCUUCUACCGGGCACGACAUGCUGCUCUCGACGAGACGCACAAUUGCGUUGACGUGCAUCGUCAUCGUCUUUAUGCUUCUGACCGGCUACCAAUCCGUCAAGCACGACUACAUACCCAGUCCUUUUCACCUGGGACAAGUCCUGAAGAAUGGCACCAUCGGCGCGGCCUCGUCGGCGGCUUCGUCUCUCACGACACAGAAUCCAUUCUGGACUACCGAGCAGCUCGUGCCUCGAUUCGCUUACGUGCAGUACGCGACCGACAUUGACUAUUUGUGCAAUGCGGUCAUGAACUUCCAUCGCUUGUCGAGGUUCGGUGCCAAGCACGACCAGGUCCUCAUCUUUCCAGACAAGUGGACGGCAGGAGAGUCGCGGGAGGCCAAAGCCAUCAACAAGAUUAAGGAGGAGCUUCCUGACCUCGUCCUGCGGCCCUUUGGCCUCCUCGUCACCAACAAAGGCGACGCAACGUGGGCUCAGAGCCUUACCAAAUUCCACGCCUUCGACCUGACAGACUACACGCGCGUCCUGGCCUUCGAUUCGGACUCGCAGGUCCUCAACAGCAUGGAUCACUACUUCCUCGCCCCGAUGGCCGCUGUCGCCGUCCCGCGCGCCUACUGGCUUAACGAGAAGGACACACCCAUCGUCAAGCAGGUCCUCGGCUCCCACGUCAUGCUCCUCGAGCCCAACAAGGCGCGCUACGAGAAGAUUGUCCAGGAGGCCCUGCAGUCGGGCGACUUCGACAUGGAGGUUAUGAACCACAUGUUCAAGGACUCGGCCAUGAUCCUGCCCCAUCGCCGCCUCGCCUUGUUGACGGGCGAAUUCCGCGCCAAGGAGCACAAAAAGUACCUCGCCCCCGACGAGGACGAGGAAUGGAACGCCAUGGGCGAAGUUUCGAGAUCCUACCUGGUCCACUUCAGCGACUGGCCACUGCCCAAGCCCUGGAGGGCGCACAGCGACGCCCAAUGGCAAGCCGCCCUGCCCGAUUGUCCUGAGGAUGACAAGGACAAGCCCGAUCGCCCGAGGUGCGCUGACCGGACCAUGUGGACGGGCAUCUACACCGAUUUUAAGGCCGACAGGGAGAAGUACUGCAAGGCCUGGUUGUGAAUUGCAACAAGGUUGAACUUCUCAUGAUCCAUUCUUAUUUGGUUGAGCAACACAAUCUUACGUCAAGGCCCUUUGCCCGUUGGUAUCUGAUGAUGGUGGCAUCGGCUGCCAUCCGCCAGCCCCCAACACAUAGCAAAGAGAACAAAGCAAGGAACAUGUUCAGACACUCACUCCUUGUGUGGCGGGUGCCUAGCCGAGAAAGGUGCUCGUGUUUGCAGAGGCAGAAGGGAGCCCAGCGUCAAAGUGGUUCGUAUUGCAAUGCGUUCACAUUGCUUCGUCGACCUUGGCAGCAGCCCGGGGGGGUUCUUCAUUGGGGCGAAUCGCUCUGACGAUCCAAUCAGUCAGCGAACCUACAACCCGCUGACAGAGGACAAGAAUUGCGGCGGGGCCUUGGGGCCCUAGGGAGAAGACGUCGGACUCAAACUCCGACCCGACUCGGCCACACUUGGGACCCCGAUUCCGUCGCGCACUGCGAGCAACGGUGGUGGCCCUGGUUGUCACUCGGAAACGGCCCGCGGAAGUCGUCCUUGGGGAAAUUACUACCAAACAAACUGGAGUUGCCCAGCCAGAGUCUCGGCUUAGGGGUGUUUCCCCUCAUGAGCAUCGACUAAAAACCGGACCCCCUUGACUAGACUGGAAGUUCCAUGAUCCCAAGACUGACCGUGAGUGGGUCUCGGGUCGGGAAGCCGACGGCUGGGGAUAGAACCCGGAGAGGGAAUUGGGAAAUAAGAUGGAUCGCGCAACGUUAAAAGACCGUUCAUUUCCACUUACUCGAGUCCACUCUGCAGCACGUGUGCGGUCAGCACAUCCAAGAAGCUCAGCAACGAUGGAGAGAAGUCGAUCAGGGUAGGUCUAGGAUGCUUAGGCGUUGCCAGAGAGGUGGCCGAGAUAUCAAUCGAUACAUUGCACCUUUGAGCAAGCCAAACACCUAGUUUUACAAUCCAAAAGGAGGUACUGCUACAGAAAAAUCAUGUCGUGAUUCUGCAAGCUUUUGUGUAUUCAAUGGGCCAGUUGUGCAUGGCUAACGAGCCUCCUCGGCUUUUGGAUAGACCCAGAGGUAAACUGACCACCACUCGUCCGCUCCUACCUAAUUUGCGUAGUAGAUGCGUUACGAUGUUCAACUGGUGUCCAUCGCCCAGUCUUCCAUGAUUCGCCAUUAUUCUGGGCUUCUAUCAAAAGUACCACCCGAGGACACCUGAAAUCUCCCUCUCCCAACGAACUGGCUCGUGUGAGAAUACGAGUCUUACCCGGAAACACGCGCGGGAAUGCCCCUUCUACAGGGCACAAGUCGUAGAGUCGACAGCGCAAAUAUUUUUGAAAGCAAAAUUCUCCUCUAUCUGGGACCUAGACAACAAGGCGGCUGCUCUGUUUGUUACAUCAUCCAGAACCAGAUCCCUUGUGCUGUGACGCCCGGAUGGUGCGUAAACACGCUCACAAGUACCCGACUUAGCAACUGUCGCAAAGGACGAGAUUGGCCAUUCACGUAUGUGCACAAAGUCAUUGCGAGCGCUCACCGUUCAACAGCAGAACUUUGUCUAGCCCGUGUACCAUGGGCGAUAGGCGACGGCCGCAGCACGACGAAGACUUGGAUAUGUUCAGCUUCCUUCUGGCGUCCAGUUUGUUCUUGUCUUUCGGUGCCUACUCCCAGCACAUGACAUCCAACUUCCUCGGCGGUGCUGCAGUUCUGGACGUCCGUUAUGGUCCCAAUCGCGGCAGACCAUGCCUUCGUCGGCCGAGUGUGAGACAGUACGAAACGUCAGCUGAGUGUCCUCAACAAUACGAUUGUGCCUUUCGCUGAACUUUCACAUAGGACUUGUAGAUGAAGCUUGGCAACUUGAAGCUGUG